ACCCAACGGGCGCACACUUGCCUGUCUUGAUUCUUUACGCCCGUCGACUCGACGUUCCACCCGUCUUCGUCACGUAACAGAAUUCCCGUUUUGUGUUUUCGGGGCGUUUGCCGCUGCGCGGCAAAUCGUCUAUUAGCCCAGUCUGGGUAAUGGCAGACAAGAUGUCAAUCGAUAAGGCGGAUCCUGCGCAACACCACAACAACAACAAUCAUCUCAAUGGCCUAAACGGUCACCCUCGGGACGAGACCGACUCUCUCGUUGGCUCAAGCCCUGAAGGCGAUCAUCACCCUGCGAUAACCUCUGCCAAUGCCACCCAAGAGCCUCAGCAGCCUAAGCGCAAGGGCGGCCGCAAACCUAUCUAUGCGACUUCCGAAGAGCGAAAGCAGAGGAACCGACAGGCUCAAGCUGCUUUCCGUGAACGUCGAACUGAAUACAUAAAGCAACUCGAAGAGACCAUCCGUGUCCAUGAGUCCAACCUCCAUAAUCUCCAGGCGGCUCACCGCACUGCUGCCGAUGAGUGUUUGAUGCUUCGAUACAAGAAUUCGCUGCUCGAGCGUAUUCUUCUCGAAAAGGGAAUCGAUGUUCAGGCCGAACUUCGUGCAAAGACUGGUAGCCCCAACCUGGGACCUACUCAUAUGCCUCAGAACAUAGUUCAGCCGCCUCCAAUCCAGCGUGCUAUUAUGAACCGACACCACCAGUCUCGUCGAUCAAACUCGAAUAUCGCUCCCAAGGCUGAGCCUGUCCCGGUACUACCACCUCCGCUUCAACCACACUCGAAUGCUGCCUCACCCAAGAACCGCCCGACACCAUCGUCUCACUCCAACUCGCCAAGCAACACUGGUUCCGCCUUCUCACCCGCCGCCUCGGACAACAUGUCGAUGCGAGGCUCUAUGACAAGCAUGUCACGACAGAUGCCUCAACAGCCACAUCAACCACAGCAGCAGCAACAGCAGCAGCAGCAGAUGUCUCAGAACACCCAGGCCCCUCGACCUUCACUGAUGCAGAACAGUAGCCGAGGACAGGCUGGGUCUGGAGCCUCUUACUAUCCUACCCCAGCCUUCCAGAACCACAUUGAGCAGCUUGAGCAAGAAUAUGAUGCUCAAGCAGAUAUGAUUGAUGAGCCUGAAAUUGAAACCCCAGCUGGUCAUGGAGGAUACCCUUCCGGCUAUAGCGGCGAGAACCAACAGCCCAUGAUGAUGUCGCCUGCCUCUAGCGGACCUGGACACCAGAUGACACCAUCUCACGAGCCUGUUCAGCAACAGCAACAGCAGCCUCAGACCAGCCACUCACAGUAUCCGUCGAUGACUCAGUUGUUGGACCAAAACGGCCUUGACUGGGAUCCCUUUGGCUUGAGUGCCAGCAUGGCGUUCCCUAACGGGCAGCAAUUUCAGUUUGAACAAGCCAACAUGAGAUGAAACUGUAACUCGAACACAACCUCUGGACUUAGUCCUCCAGAGGGUCCAUUCAUCGACAGGCGCCUGCAGAGCUGACGGCGUAGGAGGCCCGGUCCUCCUACCAGCUCUUGUCCAAUUCUCGAGAUCCAUGGUUAGCAAUGAUUCUCGCGAGGUUGAGAAAUCAUACCCUCUGCAGAAUCUUGCACACCAUAGGCAUGCUAAAAGAAGACAAAAACACUUAACGAUCGCACUUGAUUGAAAGGCAAUCUCGCCGCGACUGACUUGUUUCUUCUGCGGGAUGUGCGAUAGAUAUAUCCCACCGCAACCGAAUUGGACAGCAGGCCACCCCUUAGGCCGAGCUUCAACAUAUCAUCAUACAGCGUACAGACACGCUGCAGAUGUUGAAAAAUUAUGAUACCCUUCCGAUGGCAAGACCUGUCGACGGACUUUACGACUAUAAAUCAGGACGGAAACCUUCGAUAUAGAGCUCCCUUUGUUGCGGGGUCUUAGCAGUACUAUAUAAAAGCACUUAAUCAUUGCUUCUCACGAAACUAGCGAUGCCUUUCGCGAAUCGAUCUAUGCCUACUCCUUUUCCAAACAAGGUUGAAGGAUACCGGCGCACAAGGACAUAAAAAAAUAGGAUUGUUAUGAUGACGGUUUUGCUUAUUUUGCUUCAAACUUUGGGAAUUUGGGGUCUGUCUAAAAGUUAGUGUGAUCAGACAGAAGUCUGUUGAAGCGAUUUUGAUUUGUUACGGAUUCACUAUAGGAGUAGUUGAUGGAGAAUCCAAGGCACAUUGUGUCGCAAUUGGGUAUAUAGCUCGCAACAAAUGAUUACCAUCCUUGCAACCACU